GUCCAGUUCUCUACUGCCCCCACCCCUUGAUAUGAUUGGCAUAAGUACACGCACACACACUCACACACUUGUCUGCCUGGUGAAUAGACGGCAAGUGCUCUGAGAUUCAUCUUUGGUUCACCACAAACAAUUUAAAGAUGCAGAGAAAGUGUCUACUUCUCUGUUUCGUGUCACUGCUGCUCUUCCCACCAGACACAGCCUCUGGUAACCUCCCCCUCACCUCAGACGACCUCCCCCUCACCUCAGAAGACCUCCCUGUUCCCCCACUGACCACAGCCUCUAGUGACCUCCCUGUCUCCCCACUGACCACAGCCUCUAGUGACCUCCUUGUUCCCCCACUGACCACAGCCUCUAGUGACCUCCCUGUUCCCCGACUGACCACAGCCUCUAGUGACCUCCCUGUUCCCCCACUGACCACAGCCUCUAGAGACCUCCCUGUAAUAAACACAAUCAGUGACCUUAGAAAUGUUGAAUUUGGCCACACAUUCCCUCGGCAUGGCCUGUCGUUGCUUCACUGUAUUGCAAAGUUUUUGGUAAUUGAACAGAACGACAGCAUUUGGGCAGUUUUCCUUCCAGGUAGGAAUGACUUUGGUUUUCAUAAGUAUGGCAACACGGAAAAUAUAUUUCCACCCAUUUCAGACCAGAACAGAGAGACCUACUACAGUGUAGGAAAUCUUAUCCCCAGUAAUCCUGGUAGCACUUCACUCCCUCCUUAUGUUACAGAAGCCUAUCAUCAAACCUAUAGCCCAGAUAGAAAAAAAGACCGUAUUGUUAUACGAUUCAACUUGAUUACCCAUCGAAUUAAGGCCAUAUACAUAACAGAGCACGUCUACAGCAACGACCUGUACGACUCCACCCAGACCUACCACAUCAGUGCCCACCUCUUGAGAGAGAUUCAGCUACUUUUGCCGGACAGUAAAAAGGCCUUUCUGGAUCAAGCCGGCUAUGUUUGGCCCUCCUAUAUAUACAACCAUUACUGCUUAAUUAAUGAAAUGGGAAGAUUUGUCUCCAAGUCAGACAGCCUUGCUGCAGCUGAGGAUCCUGCCAGCCCAAAGCAGUGCGCUGACAUCAAGCUGCAGGUGUGCACACAGGAUGGCUACGCUCGGAUAACAUGGGACAACAUCCCUUCAAACCUUCUAAAUGUUGGCACAAAGUUGCAGCUCUACAAAGACUGUGUUUUGAAGUCAAUCUUUAUUAAUGGGGCCAGCAAAGAAGCCUAUAGCACCCUUCACAACCUGAACCCUGGACUGCAGGUUCGACUCGUGUCCCGGGAUGAUGAUGUCAUCAGGCUGAGCCCCAAGCUGGAUGAUGCAUACUGGAACCUCCCCACAAAAUUUGAAAAUUAUAUACUUGGUUCUGAGGCCAGUCUGCAACUAUAUGUGAAGGACGGCCAGGCCUGCGCUCGCCUCUUUAUUAGGAAGUCUUUUACUAAUUGGAAACAGCGUUUUGAAAACUCGUGGGUUGGAUUUUACCCCUCAGACAAAAGUGCUGCAGACCAAUACAGUACGUUCCAAUGGGCAAAAAAUUUCAACUUUCAGAGCUUUAACUCUGAUUAUAACGUUUAUAAAUAUGAAUCAACGAUGCGUAUUUCACCUGGGGCACAAGCACGCUUUUUCCCUACGAAAGAGUUUAAAUAUGUUACAGCCACUGUACCAUGGGAAAGUGAAAACUUUUAAAACAGGAAGAGCCCAUUAUUCUUCUCACACAUUUUUAAAGAAUUUAAUAUGUUUAUCAAAAGCCUUCAUCAGUGAAUUACUAAUAGUGAUUUUAUGAUUUUAUAAAACAUAUUACAGUCUUUGUAAUAUGUUUAUCCAAAGCCUUCAUCAGUGAAUUACUAAUAGUGAUUUUAUGAAUAGUUUUAAUGAAGUUGAUGUUGACUGACUAGUCACUGAAGUACUUCCUGUUUGAUUUGGUAUUUUGUUCUGAUUCGAUGUUUCUUCCUGUUUACAUUUCCUUGAUUUUACCUGCUGUAGCUGAUCUCUUCUACCUGAUUAAAAGUUGAUACAAGUUUUCACUCUGAAGAAUCAAGUUCAUUUAAUCAGAUUUUUCCUAAGGUUUGAUGGCUCGGUGAGAGAGUUGUGUUUUGAGUUGAGCUGUGGCAGAGCCCAGUUUGAGUUAUCAUUGGUAUUCUUUUCUUGACUUCUUUAUGUGUAGUUACAAUUUACUUUUCGUUAGCAGCCUAUUGUUGGUUUGUCUUUUGUUGCUUGUGUGUUGUGUUGUUGCUUGUGUGUUGUGUUGUUGCUUGUGUGUUGUGUUGCACCGGGACAAACAGGGAUAGGUCAGAUCCCCGGGUCUACAUAUCACACCCACCUAGUUGUACAUGACAUUUACAUUUAGUGAUUUAGCAGACGCUCUUAUCCAGAGCGACUUACAGUAAGUACAGGGACAUUCCCCCGAGGCAAGUAGGGUGAAGUGCCUUGCCCACAACGUCACAACGUCAGUUGGCAUGACCGGGAAUCGAACUGGCAACCUUCGGAUUACUAGCCCGAUUCCCUCACCGCUCAGCCAACUGACUCCCUGUUGUACCUGUUGUUACUACCCCUAGUUAGCAGUGAGCCCACUGUGUUUUUAGGUGCUUAGCACCGGUCUGAGGGGAGAGCAGGUUUGUUUAUGUUCUUUUCUUUGAUGCCACAUCUAAACAGAGGAUCCUCUCUCAGAGCUACACAUCUAAAGACGGUCCUCACAGCUAAACUGAUCUUUCCUGGUUUUUAUUACAAUACAUCUUUGCAAAAGUGUUAUUUUGCUUGUCUAGGCAGUAGAAAUGUACUCCUGAGGGACAGUUUGAUAAGCGGCAUAAAUACACUGUGUGUUGGAAAGAGAGUGAUGGUGUUUAGUCUGUCUUGUUAAUGUAAGUCUGUUCAUGCUUUGCUUUUCAAGUUCAAGCAUGAGCACAGCCCAUAGAGCUCAAUCCAAUAAAAAAAAGUGUAUUACUUUCCUAUUAUACUUAUACAAUACUUACAAUAAAUAGGGUACUUCUUCUAGUAAGAUAGUGUAUAGGGGUCCUACCUGUAAAAAACAUGCACGCUGCUGUGUGUGUGUGCACACAGUAUGUUCAAUUGAUAUGCAUGUUAUAUCACCGAUUCAUUACAUAAUUUCUAUGAUGUAAAA